CCUACUUCUGUUAGACUUCACUAAAUGUUCACUAAUCUGCAGCUCAGUUACGAGAGUUGCGGCAACAAGAGAAGCUUUCAACCAGAAGUGGGAGAAGAGAUAAAUGCUGUGUGUGAGUGUGGGGGCAGAAAACAGCAACAGGAGGGUAAGAAGGUGCAAGAUAAGAGAAAAGACAGACGGUAAAGGAGGCUAAAAGCACGGGAACAAAACAAACAAGAGACUGAAAGAGAAGAACAGAAAGAGAAGAGUAAAAGACACACCACCAUGGCAUACCCGCUGUUUGAGGGGAAGAAUCAUGCCUCUGUCUACCAAAAGUAUCGCUUUACCCCUCCAGAUGAGGUCAAGAACAUUAUUCUUCAAUACCUUGAUAAAAAGAAGGGACAGCCACAUGUGCUGGCAGUGGAUCUGGGAUGUGGGACAGGUCAGAAUUCCCGAAUACUGGCGCCGCACUUCCAGGAAGUGGUGGGCAUGGACAUCAGUGAGUGUCAGCUGGAGGAGGCCAGAGCUGUGCCUGGGUACCCUAACAUCACAUACAGAAAGGGGACAGCAGAGGAGCUUCCUUUUCAAGAUGGUUCUGUGGAUUUGCUGACAGCAGCAUCAGCAGCCCACUGGUUCGAUCAGUCCAGGUUCCUGGCUGAGGCAAGUCGGGUUUUAAAGCCUCGGGGUUGCAUGGCUCUGCUGGGAUACAGUGACCCAAACACCAGGCUUCGCUACCAGGGCUGUGGAGAAAGACUCAAUCACAUAUGUGCAGAGGUGAGGGAGGUGCUGAUGCCAUACACUAACAAUCAAGUCUCUGUAGCUGAGGGUAAGCUGGAAGAGCUCUUCACAGCAAUACCUUUUACCGACAAAGAGAGGAUUGAGCGUAUUAAGGUGAACUCAUCAAUCUCGGUGAGGAACCUGGUGGGUUUCAUUGAGUCCUGGUCCAUGUUCCAAGGUUAUAAGAAGAAAGAUCCCCAGGCUGCUGAAGAACUGCUGCUUAAUACCCAAAAGAGGUUUCUGGAGGAGAUGGGAGUCAAGUCUGCUGACACUGAAAUAAAGCAGGAGCUGGAAUAUUUCUGUGUUCUGGCAUCAAAACCACAGUAACCAAUGUUUUUGAGAGAGAGUAUAUUAAGAUGUUGCAAUUCACAAUUUCUGAACUUCAAAAUGACUCAUUACUGCACUUGUUGAUCGUAGACAUUUUUUUUUCCUCAGUGAAUCUCUUGUUACUUCACUGAUUGUGUUGUGUGAUGAAAUGGCAAGUCAGCUAAUGACUCAUUUUGGCCAGGCUUACAAUAUAAUCCUUAACACACUGCUUAUUGUCAAAAUGAAUAAUGUUUUAAUACAAAUUUGGUCACAAAAAAAAAAAAAAAGAAUAAUGUUUAGCGCAGUAUACAGACGAUCUACUGGUGAUAUAAACUACUAAACCACUGCCUCUCAGAAAAUUUCCUAGCAGAAACAGCUGAUCCUUUGCAGCAAACUAAGAGGUUACAUAACUGGAUAUUCUAGUUCAAGUAUAACAUGCCUACCGCUGCUAUUUCACAGAAGGGGUGCUUAGAUGCUUUGGUUUAAAUGAGAAGUCAGGUUUUUUAAGCCAAGCUCUUUAGAACAUGGAAUAGUCAGAGGCCCAUUUUCUUGUUCUGACUGCCUUAGAAACAGCUCUGUCUUUAUUCUCUGCUCUCUCAGUGAAUAGAAGUCAUCUCGUUGCUUUAUUGCUUUGUGCACUGUAAAAAGAAGCUAAGGUCACUAAUGUUCAUGGUGCAGCUUCUUACAAAGUAACAAAUAUGUGCUGUCAAAUGUACAUUAGUUGUCUUUUCAAUAACAAAUAUCAAGAAAUAAAAUGUGCAUGCGAAUGGAUAACAUAGCAGUAGUUUUUUUCUUUUUGGAGGCCAGUGUUGUUACGGCUCCACCCACACCCUCCUCCUCUGCUCCUUCACACCCCUCUGUUCCGGCCUCAGCCACUCCCAGCACCUCAGCUCGCUCCCAGCGGGCACUCCUCAGACACAGCUGCAACAGGUUGAGUUGACGAGGUGAAUGAGCCGGAUCACUGCACACCUGCUGCCACUCUCCAAUCAACCCCUCUGCCUACAAGACUCCAGCUCUCCUGCCAGUCAUCGCCAGAUCUUCCCUGAUAGUUACCUGGCAAG